CUGCCAAUAUCACACAGAGAAGUAUUAUUUCACCAAAUAAAUCUUGGAGUUGCCUUGCAUGCUCUUAGCCAAAGAAAAAUCCUUUUUGAACAGAGAGACAGGGGUUGUGUGCACUUUAUAGCACGCUGAACCUCAGACACCUAUAAAAUUAAAGCAAAGCUAGUGGACCUGUCUCUCUAUGGGCCUUCAGAAGGGGCCAUGUGAGCAAGCAAUGACAACUGACAGGGGCUGAAAAGGCCCCUGCUAGUCCAGGCUGCCAACAGGGACUUCCCUGAUCUCAGUCUCCCCAAGCAGGAGAAAGUACCUCUGUUGCCCAACUUCUCUUCAGCUGAUGCCAUCCCUGUCUGGUGCCUCAGGGUGGAAGCUUUUGGCAUGCAGCAGUAAUUUCUUCAUGUUUUGCCAACCACUGUGUUUCCAGGUCUCAUGGGACAGCUGAGGAGAGCCAUCACCAUGAUCCCUGCACUGCUGCUGCUGGGUCUUUCAGCCCUUGUUGCUCCAUCUGUGAGUUCCAGUUGCUAUGGUGAUAUAAGUGCUCUUCAAGCCCCCACAAUCUCCUGUACACCUGCAAGAGCCCCUGACUGUGGAUACGCCCUGAUACGGAGGACUGCUGAGGCAGACCUCGUACGCCUGAGACGCUACGAGAUCCCAAUCCGGAGAGUGGCCAGGAACCUGUGCCUGGACCCAGCGCUCAUCGGUGCCAUCAUGUCCCAGGAGAGCCGCGUGGGGCUGCUCCUGGACAACGGCUGGGACCGGGAGCGGCAGAAGUACGGCCUGAUGCAGAUCAGCAGGCAGCAACUGCAACCUUAUGUGAUGUGGGAUAGUGAAGAACACAUAAAUCAGUGCUCAAAUAUCCUGGUUCUUUCCAUUAAUGAAGUACGGGCAAGACAUCCUACCUGGUCCUGGGACCGGCAGCUGAGAGGGGGAAUCUGCACCUACCACGCAAGAAUGGGCAACCUCCAGGUCUAUGAGGCAGACCCAUGCAGCAGAGACUACAACUACGUCAACAGUGUGAUUAGGCGAGCCCAGUACUUUAAGAGAAAUGGGUUCUAGGUGGUGAACCCACCCUGCCACCGAGCCUCCCCUCUGCAGACGGGCCCAGCAGUGAUCACAGUACUCAGAGCACUUCCUCAGCUCUCCUGGCAGCACCGAUGCUGGUGGCAUUGCCAAUGCCACCCUGCUCGCUCCAGCAAAUCCCAGCCCCCUGCUCACUGAGGGGUGAGCUCAGCACUGCCUUCAGGAGACCCUCAGGGAUGAGAUCCCACAAGCUCAGGGCCUUGGAAAGACAGAUGGGGACAGACCAGCAAUGUUCAAAUUUUGAGUGAGGAAGGUGACUCUUCCUGUUCAAAGCUGCACCCCAGGGCUGUUCGUGCAUCACCCAGACAUGGACACAAACAACUCUCCCUGGGCAUCAGCUGUGCUCUUCCCAUCUGCAUCCACCUCCAAACAGUGUCAACCUGUAACACCCCUCCAUGGCCAGUGCAGGGGAUGAAUACCCUGUUUGCCUUCCCUUGGUGCUGCUGGCUUAGGAGCAAUGAAGAGAAUUCUCGUGAGCCUUUGGUCUCUGCAGUAGCUGAGUGUUCCUGUAGCCAGCCUUGAGUGGGACAAUACUAAAUCAUGCUUUGCUUGGUCUCCUGAAUCCACAGCCAUGGUGCAACUGGAGAUCUCAUCAGGGCAUCUAUAUGGAAAAUACUGCAAGUGCCACAGGAGGCAAAAUGCCUCUCCAUCAGUGAGCAGCACUUGGAGCAGGAGUCAGCCCCAUCUGUACCCAUGCUGGGAGCUAUAUCACAGCAAUAAUUUUGGUAAAAAAACCCACAACUUUUCCUGCUUUAGCUUUGGCACAUUUAUGCUGAGUUUCCUCCAAAGUUAAAAGCAUUUCAGCAUCUGUCCCUCUGCCAGGAAUCCCAGUUUCUAAUAGAAGUGAAUGAGCUCUGGUCUGUUUGAAAGUGGAUGGGUCUCUCGGUGCCAAUUUAUUAAUUAGAGAACAAUAAUGAGAAUAAGACAGAAAUAAAGACAAAUGUUAAAUCCCAAUGUUUAUUUUUUUCAGUUUCAUGGGGCUCAGUGGGUAGCAAUCUACAACGUGAGUAAAUAACCCCAUUCAGUACUCUUGGAAGGGGUCUAAAACUCUGUUUGAGAACAGGGAGAGAAUAAUGGUGCUGCAGACUGGAUAGGUCAGAAGAGCUGGGCCUGAGCCUGGCUGCUGACCCAAACUCGUGAACAUGGUAGUAGGAAUGUUCACAUUUAGCCUUUCAAUUUACAAUUUUGGAGGUGUCAGGGUACUUUUCUUCCAGCUGCCACCAUUGCUGAUGCAGAAGUGAUGUGCCUGGCAGUCCUUUCCUGGCAGCAAGGGGCAGUGCUCUGCACGUGCCUGGGCUGCCAGGCAGGGUCAGCACAGGCAGCAUGAGAGCUGGAUUGAGACAGCUCUGCAAGCAGAGCAAUUUUAACCCUGUGCCCCUUGGAUUGCCAGUCACUCAUGUGCUUACCAUCAUGGUAAGGACUCUGCAUGAUUAGCACAGCUUACAAGCAAACUAAUUUUAUCACCUCUGGAGACCAGAGGGAACCUUAGGUUGUCUCAAAUGUCACUGAUGUUUUUUUUAAGACUACCAUAAACAGUUCAGUGUUGAGCAACCACAGAUAUUGAGCUAUAUUUUAUUUAAUCUUUUGUGAAUUCUGCUCUAUACGAAUAUAAUUUUAGUAAAUUCAUUACUUUGUAAUACAAACUUAUGAAAUGUAUCACAUGAUUGUCUAAUUGACAUAACUUAUGUAAAAUUCAUUGGAUGAAGCCUUUGCUGCAUUAUGUUAUGUAAACCUCUGUGUUACAGAAACCUCUUAUGUAAAGCCUAUGAAUGAAUUUUUGGUAAACUUCAGAUGAGGCAGAAAAUCUCAUUGCUGGCUAUGUGUACAAAGCUGGGGGUUGAUUUCCAAGGGUGAGCAAUAGUGGAGCUUUCUUUGGUUGGUCUCAUGUCAUCCUAAGUUGCUGCCAGCAAGCUCCUUGUCACCACUACUGGUGCUGCCAACCCUGCAGAACUCUGAGCUCCUCAGGAGUCCACUUUGAGCAAGUGUUAACUACAAAGCUGCUGCUUCAUGUUGUGGUAGCAACACCCAAGGGCCUGCAGACCUGCCUGCUGAGUUAUGCAGCAUCACCACAAAAGUUUAUUUAUAUUUUAAAGUCUAUUUAAAAUUCCAAGUUAUGGAAAUUCUGUAUUUUCUUCCAAAUGUUGUUUUAGGGUACCAGCACAUUGCAGCAAAUACAGAAAAUCUCUGCAGAAAAUGAGUUAAAGCUUGAUAAAUUGGUAGGAAGGAGUAAAUAAUUAAGGAGAGUUUAACGGUAGCAUUAAGUAGCCUUGAGAUUUGAGCACAAGGUUUCCUGACAAACAAUGAGUUCAGAUUGUUGCUCCCCUCUGAUCUCUUCCUGGCCACCUUUGUCCAUGUUACUGGAAGUUUCUUUUCUGCCUGAUGUAGACAGAGCAACUGCAGUCGCACUCUUGGUCACCCUUUUGACUCAUGGCCUAUUGAAAAAAUAAACAAAAACAAAAACAACAGACAUCUUGCAAAGCAAAUGAUCUAAUAUCAAGUAACAUAUCAGAAAAAGCAGAAGCACAGGCAAGGAAACAGAAAAGCCAAAUCAGAGAGGAAAUAAAGGUCCAGGGAAUCAAAGACCAAGACACCUGCCUUGAAACAUUGAGGAAGGUGCUAGAGUAAAGGAUGGAAUGGUUCCUUCAGGAGAUCCUGUGGGACAACAAAGCAACAAGAAACUGUCAGGAGGGUUCUGGCAGACUGUUUGGCAGGGAAAACCAUCUCAGAUCAGUUAAAAUAUUUAUCCAACUGGGUAAGUAGCCAAGAGAGAAGCCAUGGUUGUGCCAUAUUAUGAGGUCAAUAAUGCUUUCAGCAUAAAUGUGGAGUGCCCUUGUAUGUGAAGGGCUUUAAAAUAAGUAGAAAAAACACUGGUUAUCAGCAGCUUCUGGCCAAACUGGUGGGAUUUUCAAGUGGAGUUACACAAAUCUGUCCUACACCAGUUUCUCUGAAAUUUGUCAUCAGAAAAUGAAUGGAGGAUGUGAGCUAUCAAACCAUGGGCUACAUGGAAAGGGAACAUGAGCACUUCCAUUGUGGUUAGAAACUGUGAAAACCAGUCAGGAAUCAAAGCACUGAAAUCAAUUAA